AAAACAUUAGUAAAAGUUUGGCAGUUAAUAACCAUUUUUAACAGAGUACCUAUCUGCAAAGCUCCUACAACCCUUCAAAUAUUCUCAUUCUCUUUUUCAGUUGUUCCAAAGUUAAGAAUUUAGUUGGAUUUUCAGUUCAAGAAUUCAUCUCCAAAAGGUUGUCAAAUAUGUCUGUUGGACAUCAACAAUUCCUCAAUCUUUAUUCUCAAGUGAACCUAUGCAAGCCCCCCUCAUGUUCAUUACUAGCUGCUCAGUUCAUUGUAAUGCCAAUGAGUAACAAAGAACUUUCUCCUAUUCAAUGCUCAACUAUUGCUGCUUCAAAGUCUGGAGAUUUAAGUGCAGAUUUUGGCGAACGAAACCAUGAUUAUGUUGCUACUGAUACAAGUGGGAAAGCAGCUAAAGGGUCAGGCACGACGGCUAGAGGAAGGAGGUUGUUGAAGGUCAGGGAGGAGAAGAGGAAACGCGAAUAUGAACGUCUUCAUAACUACCCAGCUUGGGCCAAAGUGUUGGAAGAUGCUUGUAAACAUGACACAGAGCUUCGUGCUGUGCUUGGUGAUAGUAUUGGCAAUCCAGAGCUUAUGAGGAAAAGAGUCGAAGAGAGAGUUCGAACGAAGGGCCGAAAUUUUCAGAAAUCUAAAACAGGAUCAGUGCUUGCAUUCAAAGUCAGCUUUAGAGAUUUUAAUCCUCUUGAUUCAUACAUAUGGUUUGAACUCUAUGGCUCACCAUCUGAUCGAGACGUUAACCUCCUCGGUAGUGUUAUCCAGGCAUGGUAUGUCAUGGGCCGUUUAGGUGCAUUUAAUUCAUCUAAUUUGCAGCUGGGGGGUUCAUCAAUGGAAUUCGAUCCUCUUUAUGAUGCAGAGAAAGGUUUCAAUGUGAUGCCUUCAUCAUUCCAUGACAUAAGUAAUGUUGAAUUCCAGGACAAUUGGGCCAGAGUUUGGGUGGAUCUUGGUACAGCUGAUUUCUUCUCAGUCGACGUACUUCUCAAUUGCUUGACUGUAUUGAGCUCAGAAUAUAUAGGCAUUCAACAAGUUGUUUUUGGAGGUCGUCAGAUGGGUGAUUGGGAAGAAGGAAUGACCAACUCUGAUGACGGAUACAAAUAUUUCGAAAUUUGAUUAAUGUGGAAAAAGAACGAAAACGAAAAUCAGCUCGGAGGAAAUGGAUAGGGAUUAUCAUGCACCUGAACUAUUCAAGGUUUCAAUUUGAAAAGAUAUGAAGUUUUGUAGUGUUAUCCCUAACGAUACGAUAAAUUUUGAUUAGGAGGAGCGUUAGUUACUGUAAUUAUGGUAGUAGUGAACUUGUAUGUAUGAUAAAAGAAGUGAUUAAUGUGGUAGAGCUAAUGAUAGGAUCUGUAAUAGUUUUCAGAAUAAUUUGGGCUAUAACUUUAGUGUCUUUUUACAUA